AGCACACCCACAGAGAAUGAUUAUUUAAUUGGUGAUUGCCUCAAUGAUCAAUCCAGCCUACUUAAAUGACUAAUAAAUGACUAAUAGAUAGUAGUCUUCUUCUUCUUUCUAUCCCUCCAAUCUUCCAAAAAACAGAGAGAGAAUGGUUAUUCAAUUGGUGCUGCAAAUCGCACUAUUGUUAUGGCUAACACAAGCAUCAUCAGCAUUAGCAGCAUCACUAGCAAAGCCUGGUUGUCCAGACAAAUGUGGAAAUAUUACCAUUCCAUACCCAUUUGGUAUUGGAGCCAAUUGUUUUGUUGCUAGUAAUGAGUCGCGUUACUCGUUUGAGAUAAUCUGCAACAAAUCUUUCACCCCACCCAAACCAUUCAUCACUAGCACGAACCUUGAGGUGCUUGAAAUAUCAUUAACAGAAGGCACUGUUCGUGUCAACAACCCGGUAAUCACUUUUAAUUGUGAUAACAGGGUUAAUCAUCAAGUUGUGGACUUGAACCCUACUCCUUUUUUCUUCUCAGACACCUACACCCGAUUUACAGCUAUGGGUUGUGACAACCUCGCCUUAAUCGACUAUGGAGGAAUGGCCAUAGGGGGCGUGUCCAACUGCAAUGUUACUGCAAGAGAAAAAAGAUGCUUUGGCAUCAACUGCUGCCAAACCACAAUCCCUCCAUCACUAGACUUUUUCAAUGCAUCUUUCAGAAGCAUAGAUUCAAACAAUGAUAAUAAAGGGUGCAAAUAUGCCUUUAUGGUGGACCAAGAUUGGUUCACUAACCUGACCGAUCCCUAUGCCGUGCGGGAAAUGAAGGUGGUCCCUGCUGUGCUGCGUUGGGGUACAUAUGAGGUGUGCCAUUCAUUCAUUGGCUACAAGUCUAGUAGUUCAUUAUGCGGCACUAAUGCUUCCUGUUUCAAUCGAACUUACGGAGGUAGUAGCCUAUGCCAAUGUCACCACGGUUAUGAAGGAAACCCGUAUUUGCUUCAUGGAUGCCAAGGUAAAGUUCUGCAAUACUUGAGUUUAUCUUCAUCACCAAGAACAGCAAACACCGAUAACCACUUGUCUGUAUUAAAUUUUAGGAUAAAUUACACUGACCUCUCCUGGAUUGAGAUGAUGAAUGAUGUUAGAGGGAGAAAGAAGUGGAUGAGAGAAGAUUUUAGAGAAGUAAAAAUAGGUAAGAAGAUGUGCGUAGAUAAAUAUGUUCAUAACUUAUCGCCUGGAAGUUACAAGUGCCAUUGUCCACCUGGGUAUGCUGGUGGAUAUAGUUGCUAUGAACUCAAGGUUAUUGAACCCAAGCAAAACAGAAAAGUGAUCAUUAUUCUAGGUGAUUCUUUCCUAUUGAGUUUUGUAGGAGCUGGAAUAGGUCUCGUAAUACUAUUUUUAAUUGGCACAUGGUGGAUGAUUAAACUAGUGAAAAGAAGAAGGAAAAUAAAGCUCCAGCAAAAAUUCUUUAAACGAAAUGGGGGUUUGUUACUACAACAACAAUUGUCUUCAGGUGAAGGUAAUGCUGAUAAAACCAAACUCUUCUCUUCAAAGGAGUUGGAAAUAGCCACUGACAACUUUAAUGAGAAUCGAAUACUAGGGCAAGGAGGCCAAGGUACUGUUUACAAAGGCAUGUUAAUAGAUGGUAAGAUUGUAGCGGUUAAGAAGUCCAAAAUAGUGGAUGAAGGCCAACUUGAGCAAUUUAUUAAUGAGGUGGUCAUUUUAUCACAAAUUAUCCAUAGAAAUAUAGUCAAGCUACAUGAAUGUUGUUUGGAGACUGAAGUACCUUUGCUAGUUUAUGAAUUCAUCCCUAAUGGAACUCUUUUCCAGUAUAUCCAUGACCAAAAUGAAGAGUUCCCUCUUUCCUGGGACAUUCGUGUUCGGAUUGCUAUAGAAGUUGCAGGAGCUCUUUCCUAUCUACACUCAGCAGCUUCCAUACCCAUUUAUCAUCGAGACAUCAAGUCUGCAAACAUAUUGUUGGAUGAUAAAUACAGAGCAAAAGUGUCCGACUUUAGGACUUCAAGAUCAAUUGCAGGUGAUCAAACUCACUUGACCACAAAAGUACAAGGGACCUUUGGAUACUUGGAUCCUGAGUACUUCCAAUCAAGCCAGUUUACCGAGAAAAGUGAUGUUUAUAGCUUUGGAGUAGUUCUUGUUGAGCUUUUAACAGGACAAAAGGCGAUCUCAUCAGCCAGAUCUGAAGAAUGGCGAAGUUUAGCAGCAUAUUUCAUAUUAAUGAUGAAGGAGAAUCGUCUGUUUGAUAUUCUUGAUGCUCAAGUUGUGAAAGAAGGUGGGAAAGAAGAGAUCAUGCGAGUCGCUAAUCUUGCAAAACGAUGCUUGAACUUGAAUGGGAGAAAAAGACCUACAAUGAAAGAGGUUGUAACAGAGUUAGAAGGGAUUAGAAUGCCAUAUGGAGCAUCCACUGUUCAACAAAACUAUGAAGAGGUUGAAUUUACAGUAGUUGACCUCACUGGACCUUGGGAUGCUGCUUCAACUUCGACAAGUUUUUAUAAAGAUAGUAGUGUAUCAUCAUCGUCAGAUGUCCAAUACCUAUUAUAAAAGUAAAUAUAGUGGUUAAGGUUUUGUUUUUUUCUGUAUAUUACAUAUCCUUGUUUGAAUAGUAGUGUAUAAGCAUCGAAAUAUGUUCCUACUUCUGGUGUUUAAGAAAUCACGAUCAGCAAGAAAAUUUUACUUUCCUCUAUAUUAUUUUCCA